CCCCAGGAGACGUUCAAGUCAGCCUCCGAGGUGACGCAAAAGCAGUUCAUGAUGCUGCGCAUUUACGCGCUUAAAGGUGUGAUAAAAAUUGUCCGUGGAAAUCCAGGCGAACCUAUUCGACCACCAGUGGAAACCCGGCACGCUCUCUCGUUACAACCGGGCGGAAAGAGAAUGGUCAAAGAUAAUAACCCAGCGCUGUAUCCGUGGGGGUUGCCUGCGACCCGCCUGCUCCUUGAUGUCAAAAGCCAUCCUGAAUUCACCGCCGACACCUUAUACACACCCGUUUUCCGCAACUUCCUGCGGUUGCUUGACGAUUGGUUCGUGCUUUUAGGUCUGGAGCGAUGGCGAGAUACAGCCAGCAGCCUUGUUACGGCAGCCCCAAAUGGGAUUCCUCGCUUCAUAAACCCAAAUAGCAUGAUAUCGUUGAAGCUAUUGAUGACCCUGCAUUUACCAUCUAAGAUGAGGUACGGUUGGUUCUCUUCGGGGCAAAGGUUGGAUCUCUCGUGGAUGUAG